AUGUGGUUCCAAACCAAGCCUGUGUCUUACCAUUCUCUCGAUCACGCCCCCGUACGCUGUUCGCUUCGACGCACCGCCCGGGAUGGGGAACCGAACGCCCGGAGCUCCUUUUUUGUGCGAAAGGUCAAUGCUUUAAGGCUUCCGCAUCACCGCACCGCGGUCCGCAGGGGCAAGCCAGCCCCUCCCUCGCCGAUAUUUACGAAACCGCUGAUUUCAUACAAAAGCACCAACACAAGCGAUCGACGACCCGGGGAAGUUCCGACAACGGCGUUACGCCAUCACCGUCGCGCCGUCGAAGCGCGCCGUCGGCGGCACCACAGGAAGAAACCGCCACCGAGGGGUUCGUUUCAGUCGAGCGACGGUGAUGGCAUAACACCGUUGUCGGAUAUUUCUUCCCCAAAGCCAUUCAAAGGCAUGUGGCACAGAGGCCCAAAACCAAAACAUUUCCCCCCUACAAACACAACAUAUUGGCAUUUAAAAAAUUCCCCAGACCUCCCCGCGCAUGUGGAUUCGUAG